AUGAAUAAUUAUUCCUUAACUGGAACCUCUACCAGUAUUGUAGCUGCACGCAUAUCGUUCACCUUCAAUCUUCUUGGGCCUGCUAUGGCUUUAGAUACAGCCUGUUCAUCAUCUUUAUUAGCUAUUCAUCUUGCUGCUCAAGCUCUAAGAGAAGGUGAUUGUGACAUGGCCUUAGCAGGGGGAGUUAACUCAUUGAUGUCUCCUAGUAUAUUUGUUCAACUCAGUAAAGCCAGGAUGGCAUCCCCUACUGGAUAUUGUCAGGCUUUUUCCUCUAAAGCUGAUGGUUAUGCAAGAGGUGAAGGUGCAGGGAUAAUUCUUUUAAAACGACUGAAGGACGCAGAACGUGAUAACGAUCCAAUAUGGGGGACAAUUAUGACAGGGUGUAACCAGGACGGCCACACUGUGACGCCCAUGACAGCCCCCUCAGGAAGUCAACAAUUCCAAUUAUUGAAAACAGUUUAUAGCAGAUAUAAUAUUGAUCCUGAUCGACUGGAAUACAUAGAAGCUCACGGUAUGUAG